CUGUGGUCCAACUGGCUUCAGAUGGUGUGUGUUAUGUGCGUGUGCCUGCCUCCUGAGUGUGUGAGACGAGCUGGGAUCAUGAGCCAGGGUUGUUCCAAGUGGUUUUAAUCAGCAGCCCAUUAGAGGAGAACGGAAAACUUCAAACAGGGUAAGAACCAAGUUGUUCCAGUGACUCCAUGGGAAGGUGUUUCCCAAACCUCUACUCCUCUGGAACUUGUGACUUCUUGACUGGCACCAGGAAAACACUCAGCAGCAGAAAUGAGAAAAUUCAUGCCAGUUUUGGGUAAAGUGUGCCUCUGACGUUUUUUACCCUGGCAAGAGGUGGCUACUCGGAUUGCAUCUGCAAUGUGGCAAAGGGCAAAGUGAGGUCGGCAAAGAGGCCAUGGUGUGUGGGCAAGUCCCCAGAUGCCGCAGGCUUUGUCGCCCUCGUCCCUUCCUUCUGGCCUUAGUGGUGGCCCUCUGUCUGUUCUGCCAGACCCUGACUCCUCUCAUGACCAGCAGCAUCCUUUCAGCAGUUGUUAAUGGGAUUGCACCCAACAAACUGACUAAAACACAGCAAGGAAGAUACAAGGAGGUCUCCCCAAGCACCAUUCACUGCUUCCUCCCUGGCAGCAAUUUAGAGACAGUGAAAAAGAUCGAUGCCUCCAUUCUCCAGCACUUUGGAAGCCACACGAGAAGAGCAAUUCUCUAUGCACCUCCUGCUCAUCAUGAAACUGAUCGUCAGCUCUGCCAGCGCAUCCUGGCAAAACAUGGAUAUUCAGUAACAGUCCUUGAAAACAGGGGACUUGUGGAACAGCUGAGGCAUGAGGACCCUUAUCACAGUGGUAUGAACCCUUGGGAUAUUUUCAUCUGCUUAUCUUCCAGAAAAAGUGAUGGCAUUGGCUGCUUUCAAACAGAAGAUUUGCAUAAUCUGGAGUUUUUCCAGAAGGUAAACCUACUUCCAGAAAUCCAGCAUUUUCUUUGCAGAAAAGAGGGAUUAUGCCAGAUGACAAAAGCCUUUUCAGACCUGCAGCUCCCACUUGUGACCCCAGACUGUUCUGGCCAGCCUGGACUGUCAAGGGCCAGCACCGCACGAAAUGUGUCCCAGGGCAGUGCAAUCACUGAGCAGGCUCGUGCCUCCCAUCUGCAGCACUGGUGGAAGCAGAGCACAAGCACAAAGCUAAAUCAAGUAUCAACAUCAGACCACAAGGAUGUUCUUAAAGCUCAAGACUUUUCUGUAAUCAUCAAAGCAUACGUGCUUGUGACAUCCUUAACACCUCUGCGAGCAUUCAUUCAUUCAACCACCACGGUCUGGCAUCCACCAAAGAAGAAGCAUUUUACCAUAAAGCUGCAAAGGUUUUUUGAGAUAUUCUUCAGAAACAGUUCUCCCCAGCAAGCCUUCAACAACAUGAAGGAGGCUAUAAACAAACUUCUACUAAUAACUGAGGUCUUCAGCGAAUCAUCUGCCUCAGGACCAAAUUCUUUCAAUCACUGCAGCCAAUGUUUUCAAAUGCUAACCUUUGACAUUGGAUUCGGCACGUCCAUACACCCAGUAGUUCUUAAGGUGCAUGAAAACUUUGACUUCCAGAAUGAAUCAACUACUCAGGACCAAAUUUCCAAAGAACUUCUUUUUGAAGAUACAUUUAAAUUUCUCUUAUCUAAUGAAUCCUCAACAUCCAGUUUCAUAGAAGCUUUGCAAAUAAUAUAUGAGUCAUCUGUGAGCAAGGAUGGAACAUACAACAGAGAAGAUGAGCAAUGUUUCUCUUUGGAAGAGAUAAAUUCAAUAACUACUUUCAUAAAGGAGCUGAAGAGUCUAGGACAAUUUGAGCUGCUUUUCCCUUCUCCUGCACCCAAGAUCCAAAUGCUGCUGCGUGACCUUUAUCGAAUGGUAGACCCAAUGAGGCGGCUUAGUUCAGUCCUGGCUGUGCACUGGUUGCUUUCCAGUGUCCUUCAACAGUUCCAGUUCAUGAAUAAAGAGGCACAUACAAAUCUUUCAGAGUGGCAACUUUCUCAAGAAAAUAUGAGUCCUAAGCAGAAUGUUUCUUCUCACUUCAGGAAGAAUCAUGAAGCAUUGCAUUAUUCCAGUAAGACUGGAGAAAGACAAUGCAGUUAUGAUAAAGAUACCCUAUCUCAUAUCAGACAGAUCUUCACCAGUCCACAGCUGGAACUGAAUCCUCAGUUUAACCCAAAGAUCAGAGAAUACUAUGCAGAAGUGCCAUUUGACAUGGUGACAGUGAAGAUAGGAGCAGAACCCUCUAACUGUCAAUGCCACGUACACCUCGACAACAAGAAAGGGCCAAGCAUUGCUAACUACCCCCUUGGCCUUGGAUUGAACAAAGUCAUCAUUCUCUUAACGGAUGAUUCACAGCCCAGCCCUGAGGUUGUGAGCAGCUACAGAAUCACAAUUUAUCGAGAAGACCGCCCCAGCCUCCCUUUGUUUGAUGACUACAUGAUGUGUGGCUUUGUGCAGGACUGUGGUUCCAAAAUUCGUCCAGAGGAGUCCUGUGGCUUGCAGCCUCUCUCUCAUGAAUACCUCUCAGCAAUUUCACAGACAGUGUUUAAGACCUGUGAAGCUGGAGACAUAAAAGGGCAGUGGAUUGUCCCUUGCCUGAGCUGCUCUGACAACAGGACCUGUGACUGGAGAGCAAUAACCUGGCAGCCCCACGGCUGCCGACACUCUGUGCUGGCCAAGCCCGAGCUCCAACGCUGCGUGGAGGGCAGAAGGAUUCUUUUUAUAGGUGACUCAACUAACAGAGGGAUGAUGUAUUAUCUAAUUGAAAGAGUGAAUAAGACUCUUCAGGAAUGGCAGAAGACUCAUGAUGUUAAAUGUUAUCACAAUAUCAAUGAGGGGAAAACAUUUAUCAGUUACUCCUAUUACCCCCAGUUCUGGAUGAAUGCAAACCAGAGACCGACUUUUGAAAAAGCACUGGAACAGCUGCUGCAGAGAUCACGUCCCCUGGAGAACACAGACCAGACCGUAUUAAUUGUAGGUGGUGUUCAGUGGCUUAAUUCCAAUCACCUGCAAAUCAUCCAAAAGGUGUUGAGCAGGGAAAAUCUAUCAAAUAUCCUGGUAAUUGUCAAAUCCAUAGGGAUGGGCUUUCACCUUCCAGUGGAUGGAAUCCAUUCUCUGUCACAGGCAGAAGUGCAAAACUUGUGGAAUGAAAACUUGAUUAUUCUGGAUACAGCAAAAAAUUUGGGCUAUGAAGUGGUUGACACCUUUGUCAUCACCAUGGGACGUUACAAAGAAUUCCUGCAAGGGAAGUGUGGCUGCCAUUUCCAUGAGGUGGUGAAAUCCAAUCCCUCUGAAGACGGGCCACACAUAACAAUGACGUUAUCGAGGCACUAUACGCUGGGGAAAUAUUUCGACAGUCAAAGCAAACCAUCACAACUGCAGGACUAUGCAACAAAUUCUCAGUCCCCCUAUCAUGUCCGAGGUCCAAUAAAUCAAGUUUAUUCUGAAAUCCUUCUCAGCAGGCUCUGUGCAAGUAAGAGGGAGUUUGUCAGCACAUAGCAUCUCUUGGAUGUAGCACCAAGACUAGAGAAGUGCCACUGCCUGAGGGACAAUUGAAGGACUGAGGUGGAUUAAGAUAUGCUUCCUUGACUGACUGCAUACACACAAAGAGAGUUUGGGACAAGUGGUAUUUUCCCAAAAACCUUAUGAAUUAAGAUAUGUCCUGGUGACUUUGUUGUGUGAAAGUGGAAGACGGAGGGUUGCAAAGGAGAGAAGAGGGGAAGUUACUUGAACUGUUGCCAAAGACUAGAACAGCUGUAGUUCAAGCAAGUGUGUAUUAUUGAUAGCAAAAAGAGAUCUAUAUAUUCACUUGAACAUUUGGAAAGGGCUGUUUUAGGUCUUCAGCACUAUCUAGUUUUCUAUUUAUAGAGACACUGUAAUAUUUGAAUGUAUUUAGAAACUGACUACAUUCCAUUUGAAAGAGUUUUAUUUUAUGUGGACAGGUUUCCCUUCCAUAUUAAACCUUUUCUGUUGAGACACUUGGUUUAUAGAAUCUGAAAAUGUCAAUUUGCAUUUUACUGGUGAUGCUGAGUUUUGAACUCUAGUGUUUUUAGUGAAAACACAUCUCUUCUUUGUAUUUUAGGUGGAACAGAUAUGUAUUCUAUUUUUUUGCAUGUUCUGAAGCUAAUAGGGAGAUAGAUUACCUGUACUUGAGGUUGAUUGAAACUGUCUCAAGGUAACAUGUAAAUACAGUGAAUUUGUUAACAUUAAUUUAUUUAUGGUCCCAGUUUAGGAGAGUGUCCAUAUGCAGGAAGAAUGCUUAGAUAAGUGCUUCAGUGUCUACCCUGGCCUGUAAGCCAAUCAAGUAUUCUUCCUGCACAGAAAUGCCAUUUCUUUAUUGAUUUUUUAUAAAAUACUUGCCAAUGUGUGAAGCCAGUACCACAAACAUAACAAAAAUCCCCCUUGCAAGCACACAUAAGAUUUUCAGGAUCUGGUAAUUUAUCAGUCAUAGGCAGUGUGUGAUGUGAUGGCAGCAGAAUAUACUGCCAGCAUCGCUUGCUUGGCAGGGACAGCCAGUUUCAGUUCAGACCUUCUCUGAGCUGCAGUUUCAUGCUGUAGCCCAGCUACAUCCCCAGUGCUUGCAGACCUUCUGUGGGUGACACCCCAGGGAGAAGAUGUGUGUGUCCCCCCCAGAGUGCUGGCAGCCCACUCAUUCACAGCUGUGGUACCCAAUGGGAAACCAUGCACAGCCCAGGAUUAGCAGCUGGGUGGCAGGUUAGUGGCAACCCACAGGACUGCUGUCCCUAAAAAUUAUCCAGUUAUGGAUUUUUAUUCAUCCAGUCACACAGCAGGCAGUCAACCACCAUGCAUUAGAGAAGGGUGUUUUAACCACCAGGUAGGUGCAAGUCUAACAAAGGAUCUGCUGAGUUCUGUGUCAUGCUUCCCUGUCACAAUUUUACAUAUAAUCCUCCACUAGCAUCUUCUUUGGGAAAGGAAGCCACAAACAAUGUUGGGGAAUAAACGAAUUAUAGCAAGGAACUACUCAUCAUCUUAUUUGCCUUAGUAGCACACAGGGGCGCUGCCCUGUACAGAAGCAGGGCUAGCAAUUCAUGACACAACAUUUAGUAUUUGCCUAAGAUCCUGUAUCCAUCCACAGUUUGUGUGCCCAGCUGUAGUUUUGUGAAUUUGUGCUUCUUCAGGUAAGAUAUGUAAAGUUAUAAUAGGAAGUUGUCAUGCAAUAUGCAGUUUGGCCUCCUAGGUGAUAGAGAAUAUCCUCCAAACCAGGAUCUGGCAUACCUAAUUUAAAACACCUUUCACUAUAGUUAAAAAGCUCCUAAAUUAGAUAAUGCCAAAAUAAGUGAAAUUGUGUGAUUAUAUCUGUUUCUGUAUAAUAUGCUGCUGAUUGUGUACAGCAAACAUCCCCAAAUUUCAAUGUCAGGUUUUCCCUGGCAUGGAGAUCUACAUGAAAGAUGGGUCAGGAGCUGUGCAUAAAUACUGAAAAUAUCAACAUUUGGUUUUGAGCAAUAUGAUUAUCUAAAGAACAUAACCGUAUACAAAUGAUAUAAUAUAUUCUCUUGGGUGUGGAAAUACAGAGCUGCACAACCUAAAAGCUGAAGGAUAGAAUAUCGUCAUUAAUAUUAGUAGAUGCAAAAUGCAGCCAGAUGUCUUUGGCAUUAAGAUGAUCGAUGAUAGGUAUAUUACAGUUCUGCUUCUGAUAAGAUUUUUUUGUAGCUCAUUUAAAUCCACAUGCUGUUACUGUUAUUGUUCUGUACACAAAUGUUUUUAAGCCAUUAACUGGGCUUUUAAGGUUUUUUUCUUUUUUAGCUAAAACCUAUUGCUGAAGCAUCAGCUUAGUGAUGAAAAGAAAAGAGCUGACUUUGUUAUACUCUAGUGGAUAUCGGUGAAUGUGCAAUUCAUCAGUUCUGGUUUCACCACAAAAUGGUUUACAUGUGCUGUACACCCAGAUGUCUUAAUGUUUUCCAAAUCUUGCUAUUUUUCAAAUGUAUUAAGUGUAUAUUUUCCUGUGUGCUUUCUAUUUUUUACAUGUCUAUGUACAUUAAUGUGUCUGUACAAAGCCAUUGAUACAAUUUGCAAAUUGAUCUUUAUUUAAACGAGUUCUUUGAAUAAGCUGUUUCCAACACUAUGUAUGAUUCACAUAGUCUUAGGAAUAAACAAAGGAUACUAAGCUACAUUUGUGUUAUUUAACUUUAAAAUAUAUCUAGUAUCUCUAUGUAUGUGAAAGAUGAGAGUUGAGAUUCACAUGCAAGGAUUGCUUGCUCAUACGCACUAAAAUUUAUGGAUUAAGACAAUAAAAGGAUUACUGUGUUUGAAUUCCAGUGAGAGCCCAUGUUGCUAUCUACAGUUUACUCUAGAAUUUUUAUAUCUCUUGUCACAUUUUGCCUGAAUAAACAUGAAAGUGUUCCUAUA